AUGUUUUCACUUGAACCUAAUUAUGACUGUGUAAUAUUUCUUUGCCUGGUGUGCAUAGGAUCGAUCCUGGCGGCGCCCGACUCUCACAUCAUAGGGGGUUCCGAUGCUGACAUCGCCGACUACCCGUACCAGUGUUCUCUGCGUUACUCCGGCUCCCACACGUGUGGGUGUGUCAUCCUCUCCGCCAGCAAGAUCCUCACCGCAGCCCACUGCGUCGACGGACGGACUAUUUCGAGUUUUUCUGUAAUAGUUGGACAAACGGAUCGUACAGUGGGGCAACAAAUACCGAUUACAAGUGCUGUUAUGCAUCCAAACUACAACAACGGCGAUUACACAUUCUACAACGACGUAGCCACAGCCACGUUGUCAGCGUCUGUGGAUCUGAAUAACCCAAACAUUCAGGUGGCAGACCUCGCAAAGCCCGCAGAUGGGGACUUCGCAGGAGUUGAAUGUACCCUAACAGGGUGGGGAAGAACUAGCAGUUCGAACACUCUACCGGAGACAUUACAACAGACGCAGAUGCCCGCUUUAGUAAGCAGUUCCUGCGAGAAUUCUAUGAAUGCUAUUGGUGGAAAGAUCGGCCCAGGUCACAUUUGCUUCAGUAGUUCCGACACUGGUGCAUGCAAUGGCGACUCUGGUGGUCCAGCCAGAUGCAACAACAAGGUUUCCGGGAUAGCGUCCUGGGUUGUGUCGUCAGGCGGAAACUGCAUGGUCUCCUACCCGAGCGUUUACGCGAGAGUCAGCGAAUACUACGACUGGAUCACCGCGUAAAAACAACGUGCCUGGGGUGUUGAUGGUGGUGGUGGAGGACGGUUAUCAAAUGGUUGGAUCCAGUCAGAAUUUAAUUGGCAAUACUUCCACUAUCUUUAGGACUUCCAAAAAUACUUGCAAUUCCUUCCUCUGUGACUUCGGUCUAUUAACACCGAAAUCUGAAGUGAACUUAUUAGAUCGUUUAGGAAACUGUCACACCUUGAACUUAGACACUACAAUAUAAAUAUACAGCGUAACAUAACAUAAAUCGAACCAAAUUAAUUUUAAAGUAAUUCUGAUAAUGUCUAGGUCGAAAUCUAAACGAAAAGCUGUAGUCAUAGGGCACUCAUAGGCGUCUACGAUACCGUUUCUUGCUAAAAUGAUACAUCAUAGUCUCCAUAGACCACAAAAAAUCACGUUCGUAAACAAUCGCUUUUUUAAAAUCUUACAAACCAUUAUCGAAAUUUUCGCAUACAGAAUGAAACUAAAAUAAUCAAUUACUGUAAAUAGUGACGAAAAGAAACGUAAGUAAACGAGUACUGUUAUCGGAACUAAAGCAUUUUAUUGAUAUUCAUGAUGCUUGCGAUCGUGACUGUUAAGGAUUAUUUGACAAUUCUGUAUUAUUGUUCAUUGUAAGGAAUUAUUUGAUUGGAUCCAACAAUUUGUUACUAGUUGUGGUGCCACUAAUCCAAUAAAGUAUAUACACCA